CAUUUGGUGGAAUCUUCAAAAACACACUGCCUCACGUUUUUUCUUCUUUCCCUUAAUACUUAAAUUCCUCACUUAACUUCUUAUGUAAUGCUGAUUAGUAUCUAAAAACCUCUCUAACUUCAUUCAUACACACACUCUAUUUUGCAGUAUCCCUCAAGUUACUUUGAAUCAUACAUAACUAUACUAUACUCAAUAUACAUCCAAACCUAAACUAGCAAUAAUUUGUAUCUCUCAAUCCACUCAAGUAAUGGAAGAAAGUAGUGUAAAGGAGAAAACCCUACCACCCGGAUUUCGAUUUCAUCCUACCGACGAAGAACUCAUCACUUGCUAUCUCAUAAACAAGAUAUCAGAUUCUAGUUUUACAGGAAGAGCAAUUACUGAUAUAGACCUCAACAAAUUCGAACCAUGGGACCUUCCAGCGAAAGCAAAGAUGGGAGAAAAAGAAUGGUACUUUUUCAGUAUGAGAGAUCGUAAAUAUCCAACAGGCGUAAGAACCAACCGAGCAACCAACACUGGAUACUGGAAAACCACAGGGAAAGAUAGAGAGAUUUUCAACAGUGUUACCUCAGAAUUGGUUGGUAUGAAGAAGACUUUGGUUUUCUACAAAGGUAGAGCUCCUAGAGGAGAGAAAACUAGUUGGGUCAUCCAUGAAUAUCGUGUUCACUCUCAAUCCACCUUCACAACAAACAAGCAGGAAGGAUGGGUGGUUUGUAGGGUAUUCAAGAAGAGUGGAAGUGGAAAAAAGUAUCCUAGUAAUAAUUCAAACCCUACAAAAGCAGGAGUGAAUCCUUAUAGCAUGCAAGAACUAGGUCAUAAUCAUAUGAUGCUGAGAGAUUCUUAUUCUUCAGCUCCUCAUUAUAAUUUCCUAUACGGAUGGAAUCAUAACUAUUGUGCUAGUUCUGCUGCACCAACAGUGCAAUACUCUUCUCAGUUGAACUAUCCUACAAAUAUAUUGCCAGCAACAACAGGAGGAGAUGGAGGAUUCAGCAUUUCAGGGCUUAAUUUGAAUCUUGGAAAUGGAGUAACUAUGGCUGAUCAUGUGAAUUCAAUAAACAUGAAUAUGAUGAACUGUGUUGGUGCAGAUCAGAAUAUUAAUAAUGUUGCAGUAGGUUAUGGUAAUGGUAUGGAACAUUGCACUGAUCUUGACACUUACUGGCCUUGUUCCUACUGAAUUUAUUUUCAGGAGGAACCAUCGUUUUUGUAAUUUAUAGACCUAAAUAAAUAUGUAGAUUUCUAUAGUUAUCAUAAAAAUUAUAGCUAGCGGAUCCAAAACUCAGGUUAGUUGCAGACAUUGUUACUUCAUUAAUUAUUAAGUUUAAUUGUGGUUUUGCUCCCUCAACUUUUUCUCAUUUACUCAA